CUCCCCUCACUCGGGAACCAAAGGUCCCACUUGGGAUGGGGAGGGCCAAUGACAGCACCCCACCCGGCUUCAUCCUCCUGGGCUUCUCAGACCACCCCGACCUGGAGCCAGUGCUCUUCGUGCUUGUCCUCCUCUGCUACCUCCUGACCCUGGCGGGGAACAUCACCAUCAUUGUGGUCUCGUACCUGGACCCCUCUCUGCACAUCCCCAUGUACUUCUUCCUCAGCAACCUGUCCUUCCUGGACCUCUGCUUCACCAGCAGCCUCGCCCCUCAGACCUUGGUUAACCUGCGGGGACCGGGGAAGACCAUCACGUACGGAGGCUGCGUGGUGCAGCUCUACACUUCCCUGGCCCUAGGCUCCACUGAGUGCGUCCUCCUGGCCGUGAUGGCCUUGGAUCGCUACGUCGCCGUCUGCAAACCCCUCCACUACGCGGUCAUCAUGAGCCCCCGGCUCUGCCAUCAGCUGGCCACAGCCUCCUGGCUCAGCGGCGUGGCCAAUUCCCUGGUCCACGCCACCUUCACCUUGUGGCUGCCUCUCUGCGGUAACCGCAGGCUGGAUCACUUCAUUUGCGAGGUCCCUGCGCUCCUCAAGCUGGCUUGUGUGGACACCACGGUCAACGAGCUGGUGCUUUUUGUGGUCAGCAUCGUGUUCCUCAUCCUCGCCCCUGCGCUCAUCCUUGUGUCCUACGGCUUCAUAGCUCAGGCUGUUCUGAGGAUCAAAUCCACAGAGGCGCGGCACAAAGCCUUCAGCACCUGCUCCUCACACCUGACGGUGGUGGUCAUCUUCUAUGGCACCAUCAUCUACAUGUACCUACAGCCCAGGGACAACUAUGCCCAGGACCAAGGCAAGUUCAUCUCUCUCUUCUACACCAUGGUGACCCCUGCCUUGAACCCCAUCAUCUACACCUUAAGGAACAAAGACGUGAAAGAGGCUCUGAAGAAAAUUCUCUGGGGAAUGCUGUGUCUCCACUGCACUCGACAUGCGAGGAGUUGAUUCUAAGCCUUGGUGUCACUCAGCUGGAUUCACCAAACCCGCUGCUCUAAAUUCCACACCAACUGAUUUGCCACCCACUUAUUUGCCAUUAUGAUGGAUUUGUUCUCUGCCUUGCACAACUGAGCAAACUGUGCAUGUGUGCGUGUCAGUGGAAAGCUUGGGCAGGGAAAUCGAUGUGUAUGCAUGCAUGCUGUGGUCCUUACUGCAGGGCCAUGGUUCACUUCUGACACAGAUUCUUGGAUUGUCAGAGAUUUAGCAAAUUAGAUUGUUAAAAUUUUACCAGCUGUUUCUCUAGGAAAUGAGGCUUUCAUUUUUAAAAAUUUUGGUGAAAUGUUCCAUUUUCAGUGAAAUAAACAGUUUGCAGUUGCUGUCUAGUGC